AUCGAACCUCCUGAAACUCCAAUCUUUUCGAAAUUUCGACGAGAUUUGUCUCCGUUUGAGUGGAUAUCUUCUUUACCCAGGAAACGGCUCAGGGUCAUCCUGUAUUGGGCCCUCGGCUGAUCGAAGAAAGCGAAUAAGCCGUGCCAGUGAAAUUUCGACAUACAGUUCAAAUCAAUCGAAAAUGGAAUCCUCUAAAGCAGGUUCAAGGGUGGGGCGGUAGCCUCUUUUUCAUUGAUAUAAAGGUACUCCAUUCCACUUCACAUCUGACCUCGAACGCUGUUCCCCCCAACUUUACGUUACUCCCCUGAUGUCCUCUCUCUCCGGUCAUACGGCACACACAGAACGCCCUGAGCGAAGCCGUAAUGCGAAGGCUCAAGCUCGCCAUCGAGCUAAGCGAAAGGCUUACAUUGAACAGCUCGAGCAGACCGUGACCAAGCUCCAGACUGCGCUUGGCGUAUCCCCCGACCAGGUCGCUGCCCUCCCGCCGCCGCUCAUCAAAAUUCGUGAACUCGAGCAAGAGAACGGCCGACUGCACAAAGAAAACGAAGAGCUCCGCCGUAUGAUUUCCGACACAUCCGCCGGCCGUCCUCUCCCUCUCGAGGUCACGCGGCGGACCGUCUCGCACGACUCGCGGAAUAUGGAUCGGGACUUUAAGCGAAGAAAAGCGGACAUGGACGACCAAGUCUAUAUGGACGCGCCCACACAUAUGAAUGACCUCCGACCGCCGCCUCCGUUGACGAUACCACACGGCUCCCAAUACGGGAACGUGUCCUCACACAACUCGGGGACCAAUUCGCUCUAUAGCAUCAACACCCCUACGUUCCAGAUGCCCAACACCCCCUCGGGCUCGAGCGCAACAUCCAGUCCCCCUUUUUCGCCUGCACAAAUGCAUCCGUCGAACUCUCCAGUGAAUCCUCGUCCUCCACUUUCUUCUCAUCAAGGUCUUUCAAAUCACUCAAACGGGGGCGGGCACUAUGGGGCCGUUAAAGUGGAAGAUGAAAAUUACGCGGCCCACCACACUUCGCACACGGCGAAUCAUUAUUCGAACCCUCUUCCGUCAUUCUAUUCUCAGCCAGACCACGGGAUGGACACUUGGCACUCAUACUCCUCUGAACGAGCUCCCAUCCAUCGUUGA